AUGUUGAAGUCGCCAUCACUGAGCAGAUCCCAAGCUUCUCCUACUCUCUAUCACUAUGCACCUACUGCGACACGACCCUCACUGUCGCGCAGAACAUCGGCUGCAAACAAACCUUCUCCCUCGCCACAAUCACAACCACAACCACAACAGCAAUCGACACCCCAGUCGCAACCAAAGAAAUGGGUCUAUGUUGAUGCAUCUACGCAGUGGAGUCCUCCCAUGAUGCCUUCUAGGAUGGCAGAUGGAGCAUCGCCGUCCGCGGAAGUGAAAGUAGAAGAUCCUCCUCCAGAACCCACCAUUGCGCCAGAGCAACCCAACGUCAAUGUAUUACGAAAUAUAAACCCGCCAAUACAACCGGAAUCACCAAGCAUGAAGAGACGCCAAUCGGCAAUUGAAGAUGCGAAUACUUCCAGUAAAAAGGAGUCUCUCUCGAAGAGAGUAAAACCUCAAACGUCCGUGAAGAUUUUGCCUCGACAGUAUGAGCACUGUGAGGAAGAGGAUAUGGUCAUUCUUAUAGCUAGUAUGAUCGCGGAAUUGAUUCAAAGAAAUGACGCUCUUCCUCCCCAAGGCGGGGUAUUAACACGCUUUCAUUCUAGAUCACCUCCUGGGAUUUCUGUUCUUGAUUAUCUGGCGCGGCUUGCAAAGCAUGCAACCCUGAAACCUCCUCUUUUACUUUCUAUGGUUUAUUAUAUUGAUCAACUUUGCGCAUCAUACCCUGCAUUUACAAUUACAACAUUGACUGUUCAUCGAUUUUUGAUCACAGCAGCGACGGUAGCCUCAAAAGGACUUUCAGACAUUUUCUGGAACAAUUCUACGUAUGCGAGAGUUGGUGGUGUCAAACUGGCAGAGUUAGGAUUACUGGAGCUUGAAUUUCUACACCGUGUUGAUUGGAAAAUAAUCCCAAAGCCAGAAAUGUUGACCGAUUAUUACAAAGGGUUAAUUGAGCGAAACGAGCGUUAUAAAAUGGAAGGAGAUACGACGGAUGACUCUGAUGAAUUAGAAGAUGACGAUGAAGAAAGCGACGAGCCUGAUACCCCCGAGCAAGCCGAGGUUGGAGUUGACGCAGAUAUGAGUAACACGAAGGAGUCAGAUGCCCCAAAUCAUAAGGCAGAGUCUGGACAUGAAGAGUCUUCGCGCUUCGCUCCAACAAUCCAAUCCGAUAACCCAACCACCAUCAUGAAGCCCGCCACUCUCCUCCUCGCGCUCUGCGCACACUUCCUCCCUUUGACCGCUGCAAUCACAGACCAAACUGAUACAGCAACAAUUUACAUCCAACCCCUCCUCUCCGCCUCCGCAUACCCGCUAGCAAGUAUAUCCUACAACCCCUCUACCCUCUCCGCCUCCCUCUCAUCCUACGAUCCUCCUACCGAUCUUCUUCCCGAGAUAUCCUCAUCUCCAGAACCGGACUCCCGUAACCCGAGUGAAAAUCUCGCUCGCAUAGGCAUAUUCGAUCCUGCCACCUCUGUCUUCAAAAGCUCCACUUCUCUUCUCUCGUUGUCGAAUUUCGAAAAGGGUUACAGACCGACUAUUCUUUUGACGUUGGAUUCGCAGGGUGCGGUGUUGGGGGUUACGAUUAAGAGUGGUGUUAUAGAUGCGGGUGCUACGAGGGACUUUGCGCCGAAAGUGGAGAUUAGACGGAUGGUUGAGGGGAAGGAACCAGUUUUGGGUCCUAAGGUUGUUUUGAGCAAGGAGGGAAAGCUGGAGAAGGAGGUGCCUGAGAAGUCGUUUUUGCAGAAGUAUUGGUGGGUUCUUCUGGGAGCAGCAAUGUUGACGAUGACUGCGGGAGGAUCUGAGUAA